ACCAGAGAGAAGCGAAAGCCAAAACCGCAGAGAGAGAGAGAGAGAGCGAAAAUGUCGUGGCAAACUUACGUUGAUGAUCACCUGAUGUGCGACAUCGACGGCCACCACCUCGCCUCCGCGGCCAUCGUCGGCCACGACGGAAGCGUGUGGGCGCAGAGCUCCGCAUUCCCUCAGUUCAAGCCGGGAGAGAUUGCCGCCAUCAUGAAAGAUUUUGAUGAGCCUGGCUCGCUUGCACCGACUGGGCUGCACCUUGCUGGCACAAAAUACAUGGUUAUCCAGGGAGAGCCUGGAGCUGUCAUUCGUGGAAAGAAGGGUUCCGGUGGCAUUACCGUGAAAAAGACCGGCCAAGCUCUGAUCUUUGGAAUUUACGAGGAACCUUUGACACCAGGACAGUGCAACAUGGUUGUUGAGAGGAUGGGAGAUUACCUGGUCGAUCAGGGCCUGUAAAUCUCUGCGCCAAAGCUUGUACUUCUUUUUCAGAUUUCGACUCAACUUUGAGGCUUGCUUCUUCUUCCUUUCUCAGCUGAGACGGAGCAGAGUCAAUUGGAAUAACCAUGUCAGGACCAGAACAGUCUUUAAUGUUCAAGUCGUCCAUGCUUUUUUCUUUAUCUAUUUAUAUCUGGUUGAUCAAUUCUUGUAGUCAUGGCCCGAGUUUGGUUUUUUCUAAAUGAUUUUGAGAAUCUAUAUUAUGAUAUGAUAUGACAGCAAUUUGUCCAGAGUUUCUGAAA